AUGAACCACUUUCUUCUUUUUAAGGAGAUAAAAACCCUGCUCUUUGGCUCAAAUCUUUGUGGCUUCAAUGAAGAAUGGAAAGUGCAGAAUUUUACAUUCAGUGAAGUGUCUCAGCUUAGAUAUGGCCUCGUGCAGAACAAGGGGGGACCGUGUGGCGUUUUGGCAGCUGUUCAGGGCUGUGUCCUGAAAAAUCUUUUGUUUGGAGGAGAAAGCAGAACCACCAGCAUUCGGGAGCUACGCCCUUCAGAUACUUUCCGGAGCACUUGUCUCAUUAAGGCUAUCGCAGACAUUCUGUGGCGGGCAGGGGGAGAGGAAAAAGCCGUCGUUACGCUGGCUUCAGGAAUGCAGCAGUUCAGCCCGGUAGGAAACUACAAAGCGGACGGAGUCCUAGAGACGCUCAUCUUGCAUAAGGUGACGAAGUAUGACGAUCUGGUCAUUUUCCUGCAACAGAAUAUUCAUCAGUUCCAGACAGGUCCCUCUGGAUGCAUCCUUCUCACACUGUCUGCUGUCUUGUCCAGAUCCACAGAUCAAGUGCGCAAAGACUUCGACAUGCCCACCAACUGUUUGAUUGGAGCCCACGGAUACUGCACCCAGGAACUCGUCAACUUGCUCCUGACCGGCAAAGCUGUGUCCAAUGUCUUCAAUGACAUGGUGGAGCUGGAUUCUGGGAACGGGAACAUCACCCUGCUCAAAGGAAUCACGUCUCGCAGCGACAUCGGGCUCCUGUCUCUGUUCGAGCACUAUGACGUGUGUCAGGUCGGCUGCUACCUGAAGACGCCCAGGUACCCCAUCUGGGUGGUGUGCAGCGAGAGCCACUUCAGCAUCCUCUUCAGCUUGCAGCGAGACCUCCUGAACGACUGGAAAGUGGAAAGAAUAUUUGACCUCUAUUACUACGAUGGCCUGGCCAACCAGCAGAAGGAGAUCCGGCUGACCGUAGAUACAACCCAACCCGGCCCUGGAGAGAAAGAAAAGGACCUCAUUCCUCCCCUAGAACACUGUAUCCGAACCAAGUGGAAGGAUUCCUUUGUGGACUGGAACGGCACGGAGCCCAUCCUGUGAGGCCAGGCUCUCGCAGCCCUUGUCCGGUACCACCUGGAUGAUUCCUGAGACCUGAGGACCUGCCUGCAGCCUUGAAGAAUUCCACUUUUACCCCCAAGCCACUUGAGCUCCUGCCAAGGGGCAUUUCCAGAAAGUCCUGCAAGUUUUCUUUUGUGUACACUGAGUCAGCGGGAUCCAGCCUCCAUCCGUCGUAAAGCUGUCGGCAGCAGCUUCAGUGCCAGCUUUGAGUCCAGUCUGCCUCCUGCCAUUGUCUCCAAAGGCCUGACCGAAGAAGAGGCCCCCAGGCGCUCCUGGCCACUGCUCAGCCACCACCUAUCGAUUCUCUUCCACCCCUGCCCCUCCUGGAAAGACCUGAAUGGUUCAGGAUCUUCCUGCAGGCCUGCCCAAGACAUCCGUCCAAGUAAAGCAGGAGCUUAA